AUGUCCACGUCUACGCCGUCGCCGUUGGCAGCGUUCUCAACUUGCGAGAUAUCCGACGCGUUGGCCAAGCUGGGCAUCGCUCACGGUGGCCACAUCCCUGAUAUACAUCAGGUGUCCGCCGGGCGAACUCCUACGAUCUGCGCUCCAGCCUACACCGUCAAGAUGGUUCUCGCAUCCGAUAAAGAUGCGCCUAAAUCGGACGUUCACUUCGUGGAUGCUGCCCCGGAGGGCCAUGUGGUGGUCAUCGACGCGCCCCCCCAGGCCAAAAACGCUGUGUGGGGAGGAUUGAUGACUGCCGGAGCACAAGCUCGCGGCGCCGUUGGCGUGAUCAUCUCGGGACGUUGUCGAGAUUUGGCUGAGCACCGCGAAGCUCAAUUCCCCGUCUUCGCUCGCGGGACGUCUACGGUUGGACAAUCACCACACACCCGCCCUUCCGCGAUUAAUGUUACUGUCACCAUUGGAGAUGAGACGCAAGCCUCGUUCCCUCCCGUCACUAUUCAACCCGGCGACUGGAUGGUCGCGGAUGAGAACGGGAUCGUCUGCGUUCCCCGGGCCAUUGUUACCGAGGUAGUUGACGCUGCGAGACGUGGACGCGAGAUUGACGCCAAGUGCAUGGAAGAUAUAAAAGAGGGGCUGGGUGUGCAGGCGUCCUUCAAGAAGCAUAGAGGCAAAUAAGUACUCCAACC